AUGCUUCAAUGGUAUGUGAAUGAACAUCAGACGUACCUGGAACGCAAGCUUGGGUCUUUCUUCGACAGUCUUGAGAUGGUUGACAGUGACACUCUGCAUGCCACCACAGACUAUUAUCACUCCCCAGACAGUGUCUACUACCACAAACGUGGUAGCUCCGAAUUCGACGAGGAGGAUGCCGUCAGAGAUGCGCUCGAUCUUCUCCGAUCCCUUCGAAGCACAAAAUCCGACAUGACGACAGCACAAGUCGCGCGGAGAUCUUGGAAUGACGAGUUUCGCAUGUGCGGUAAUAGGCUGCUGCGUCAAGAUACGUCGGCACCUCUGCGCGGACUCUGCCAUCGUAAUUUGGACCUGGACUUGGUACAGCUCUAUGUCACUCAAGAGGUAGCGAUUCUGCUGCGACCUUUCAGACAAGCACGUCCAGAUAGGCACAGUCAAGAUUUCGCUCUGAAUCUGUCCAGAGUUUAUACCUUAUCUAUCGAUCUCGGACGGCAGCAGGAAGGGCACGAUUGGCUCGUAGAGGCUGCAGAAGUAUACACCUUCCUUGCAGAAUCGACACCCGAAACGUACGGCGUAGAUCUUGCCAAGGUUCUCAACCAGCUUGCCGUGUCAUACGCUAACGACCGCGCCGACAACAAACUAUGA